UCCAAGAGGCAGAUUCACCCUCCACCAGUCAAACAUGUCUUACUGUGGACCAUCCUUUGCAGUUCCAUCCUGCGCUUCUUCUCCGGUUGUUGGCUUUGGAUCACCUGGCCUUAGCUAUGGUGGCUCUGGCUUUGGCUGUGGGGCCCCAGCAUUUGCAGUUCCCUCUAUGGCCUCCAGUCCAGUUGUGGGCUUUGGAUCAGCAGGCCUUGGCUAUUCAUCUGGGGUGCCCUCAUCCAGCCUUGGCGUCCUUUCGGGAGUCAAUCCUUCCUGCAUCAACCAGAUCCCCCCUUCAGAGGUUGUGGUCCAGCCCCCUCCCAUCGUCGUGACCCUCCCAGGACCCAUCCUCUCCGCUACUGGUGAACCUGUGCGUGUGGGAGGCAACACGCCAUGUGCUGUUAGUUACGGGAGAAGCGUUAUUGCGGGAGGUGGUGGUGCUCUUGGAGGCCGUUUGGGAAGUCGCAGAGGCAGCCUCAUUUGUGGGCGCAGAUGCAGCUUGUCCCCCUGCUAA